AUGCCUCGUCCUAGAAGGCCUGGUGCACCAGAACCGAAGCGUCGGAGCCGUAAGGGAUGCUGGCCGUGCAAAGCACGCAAGGUAAAAUGUGGUGAGGAGAAACCAGCAUGUCUUAAUUGCCAGCGACAAGGUGACCCUUGCGACUAUAGCGUUCGUCUGAACUGGGGAGGAAGGACGAAACGCAUGUCAAUUGACUCGCCGAAUUCACAAUCGAGUGGGUAUGGAGGAGCUGUAAUUGGAUUCACGGACUCAUUCGCUAUCAACAAUCUGAGCCCGACUUCGUUCCCAACUCCAACAAGCAACAACCCUGCAGAUGGAUUUCUUAACAUUCAUCCCGGAGACUUGACUUCGCCGAGAGCGAUGUCUCCAAGUACACCAGCACCAGUGGGCCUUUUCGAAUCCCCCAGGCUCGGCUCAUGCUCUGAAGGGGUGACAUCGCCGGGCCAAUUAGAGCCUCGGUUCUCCUCAACCUGGGCGGAACAAUCUCCUCCAUUGACGACAGCAGUAUCCUCGGCGCCUUUGUUGCAAUAUCAAUUUGGACAGCAGAGUUUUGAUACCCCGCCAUAUCUGGAUUCGGUAGAUCAGACAUCUGGCCUCAGAUCACUCUCUGCCUUUGCAUUCCAUACAAACUCUGUCUCACAGCCAGUCUCAUACCUACGCCACCCUGUAGAUGCUUCCAGUCAUUGCUUGGAUCCAUCUCGUGAUGAAAGCCACCUUUCUCGAGAGUCCCCUGAUAACCAGAGCAUGCAUAUUGGCCCCGGGUCUGGGACAGGGCAAAACGGAUCCUCAAACAGCCGACAGGAUACCGAUGGCCUGUCCUCCAUGCUUUUCGAUUCACACAGAGUGUCGAUUGCUGAAAAUGACGCAACCACAUCUCCGAGGCUCCACGAGACAACCAGCAACAUGGGCUCUAUACAUGACUAUCACAAUGAAUUAACUCCGGAUCAUCAGGCAUUGACAGAGAGCAAUCAUGAAGCUGAUCAGACAUCCCACGAGUCUUCAAUGGCCCGGAGCAAAUGGCAAACAUAUCUGAAUAGUGUAACCGACAAUUAUGGAUUGGACUCCGGGCGCCCUGAUCAGGAUCUGACUUUUAACAACGACCAUGCUGCCAUAGAUAUCAACUACGCGUUGGAUUUGAUCAGUUCUCGGCGACGGAAUGAAGACCCCUCGCAGACAAAAACCGCUCAACCUGACCCCGAACCACAGGUCCAGUUUUGUAGUGGCUACUAUGCUUCCCCCGUACCCAUCAAUGUCCCGAGGUACUUGUCUCCGCUUCCGUCAUCCCUGCUGGAGAACCCUAUCAAUUUGAUGUACUUCCAUCAUUUCCUGAACCACACUGCUCGGAUGCUUGUCCCGCACAACUGUGAUAAUAAUCCGUUUAUCUCAGUUUUGCCAUCAAUGGCAAUCGGUGAUUCCAAUCUCCUCAAUUUGCUGCUUGCAUACUCCGCUAGUCAUCGUGCUCGAUACCUAGGUCAUCCUGAGCCCGCUAAUCGAAUUGCUCACUGGGUCAGCCAGGUUUUCCCAACCCUGCGUAUGGCAUUGGAGUCAUCCAGUGAAAACAUUACUGACAGUCACCUGGCCACGGCCAUUAUGCUUUUGUCAUUAAAGAUCGUUUCUCCAAGGACAUUUGAAGUGCCGAUUACCUGGAAGAGUCACCUGAAGCUUGCUCGUGAUUUAUUCCUUGCACGGAGCGAAAGCAUGGCGCAGCCUGGGAACAGGAUCGGGGCAUUCUUCGCCCGCUGGUUGGGCUACCUCGACACAAUGGGAGCUUUAUCUUGUCGACAAGCCGGUCCUCCGCUAAUGAUAUACCAUUCCAUCUUAACGGCUUGCUCUGCGCCCGAUGGUCAUGAUGAGUUUGGUGUUGACUGCUUCACCGGCUUCACUCCUCGCACUGGAGUAUUUCUGAUCCGUCUCGCACGGCUGGUGCAGGAAUGUGACAAUCAGCGCUUCGACGAAAUGGGCAACUUCCGACAUGACUGGCAUCCAUCUACAGAAGUGGUCCUGGAAGCGCAAUCCGUGCUUGGUGAUAUCGACGGGAUCGGCGAUCGUGCUUAUACUAGCCCGGAACACCAUCAUGGCGUCGAAUCCUCGGACAUGAUAGCCAUCGAGGAGGCCUUCCGGUUUGCCGGUCUCCUGCAUCUCCAUCGCCGUGUCCUUGGAUCUCCGCCUGACUCCUUCCCCGUGAAGGAGGUCUUGCGCAAGCUCAUUGACGCCCUCGGACGCAUGCGCCCUGGUGCAGCCACUGAAGUCUGCUCCUUGUUCCCGCUCUUCACGGCUGGUUGUGAAUCCAGAGACUCGGUUCAAAAGGAUAAGCUUUUGGAGAGGUUCCUAUUAUUGGAGAGCUCAGGCAUGAAACAGAUUCAAAAUGCACGUCAAUUGAUGCAACACUGCUGGGAUGAGAAUCUACCCUGGAUUGCCCUGGCUAGUGGUCAAUUCCUAGGUUAG